AUGAAAGAUUGUGAUGAGGGUGGGGAAAAUGAAUACGCUCCUUUAGAAUUAUCAAGCAUGAGCUGGCUGCUUGUUUUCGUGUUAUUAUUUCGAGAUAAGAUGCAGUCAUCAGCCAUAUUCUGCAUUUAUGCUGCAAUCGUAUCGCAAGUCUACUCGGCUCCACAAUUUAUAACUUUUCAAGAUGGAAAAUUAGGAGUUAACUUCGCUGGUUACCAUGCUGGUGUUGGAAUUGGCGGCUUAUUAGCAAAUGGUACUCUGGGGGGAUUGUAUGCGGAGGCCGGUACCCCAACAGGACAAUCGGCUACAGCUGGCCUUGGCGGCGUUGUAAACAAAUAUGGACAUGCUUCAGGAGGUCUAUACGCGGGAGCUACAGCUGGUAACAAUGUACAGGCAGCUGCAGGUCUCUCCGGUGGUUUAAACUCUGAAGACUCAGCUGGAAAUGGAUUCGCGACUGCUCAAGCUGGCAACCGCAUAACUUCCGCAGCCCUGGGCGGUAACGCAGGAGUCGAAGGAUCAUCUAGUUAUCACGUCAAAGAAGUAGCAGUAGCGCCAGUACAGCAUAACGUUGAAGCUCAAUUCAACUUAGAUUCUCAUAUAAAUGAAGUUCAGCCAUUACCUCAGUCACAAGUUGAAAUACACAAGACAAUAAUUAAAGAAAGUGUCCCUCCACCACCUCCUGUUAUUGUCAAAGAAGUUAUCGUCGAGUCACCACCACCACCUACUCAGAUUGUUGAAAAACAUAUAGUCCACACACAUUACAAACACAAGCGUCCUCAUCUACGUAAAACUGCGUUCGUCAGCGGAUACAUCGGUGGUGGAGCAAAUGUACCGGAAACUGUUGUUUAUAGAACAGAACCAGUCGCUGAAAAGAGAGUAGAUGUGGCAGUUGAAGCUAAUGCCGGCGCUGGUCCGGAACCACAUUAUAAUGGUGGAGGUGGAAUUAGAAACGUCUAUAGGAAGGAAGUAUCCAUUCACAGAAACCCAACAUUCUUCAGUGAUAUUUUCAAUAUUCCCAUUUCAACAUUGAGAGCGGUGAGCGGCUUCCUUGGGAACACCGCAGCAAACACAAACAUUUCCGUUCAAAAAUCAACUUCAGUUGAAGCAGGGUCUGACACUGAGCUGAAACAUGAUCCAUCAUCGUCAUCAUCAUCUUCAUCUCAUGUAUCGGUUCAGACACCAACAGCAUCUAAAUUCAUAGACGACAUUUUCUCUAUACCAAUAAGCACCUUGGGGGCUGUGAAUCGGUUCCUAGAAAAUAACGUGGCCCGGAAAAAUGUUCAGGUUGUUCACGAAGGUGUGCCAUCCAGAGAAAGGCGCGUUCCAAAAGCCCACAGGCGAGCCAAGAUCUACGUAGAGGAACCGUAA